AGGGGACAAACAGACACACACACACUCACACACAGACGAACACAUUUGUGCAGGGCCGUCAAACACAAAACACUCUCCCUGGGAUAUGAACCUGCUCAUCCUCACCUGCCUCCUGUGCUCCGUCGUCUGCAGUGCUCAGGGAUCUGAGACCACGCACUCGGGUACAUUAGCCGGAGUGAUUCGGGGUCCGGGUUCCGGAGAGGGCCUCCAGUCCUCGCAGGGUGACGAUGACGAGCCGGAAAUAGAUGAUGAUCUCUCAGGAGGAGACAAUGAAAAUUUCAACCUUUAUGAGUUACCUCCCAGUAAAGAUGAGAAGAAGAAGAGGAAGGGCAAAGGCAAGAAGAAGAGCCGGCACAGGAGCAAAGCUACAACUUCAUUCAACCCCGAGCACACGAGCCUCACCAGCGGCCUCACGUCCACCCCCAGCACCAUAGAGGAUCCCUGCACCUCCACCCACCUGGGCUACUGUAUUCAUGGUUACUGCAAGCACAUCGAGGAACUGCGGGAGCCAGUGUGCAUAUGUAUAAAGGGUUAUGACGGUGAUCGCUGUGGGAUCCAAACUCUGGGGACCUUUAAAACCAAGUCUGGUGGGAGCAGCGAUAAUGAGUUGCUGCAGACGGUCUUGGUGAUCGUCGCUGUGGUCCUGUCAGUCAUCAGCUGCACCGCCAUCCUGCUCAUGACCUGUGCUCAUUACAGGUCACAUAAGACCUACAUGGCAUCCUUCCUGGGAACUGGGGCGGAGCAGGAAAAGUUACAGAAACCUCUCGCUGACGUGAUGGUGUGAGAGCGGAGGGCCACGAUGAGCCGGCUGCAGGAUGAAGCAGGCCACAAGAAUCCGAGGAUCCGAAGAAGAAGUAGAAUUGAUCCACUGCUUCAUUAGAUGCUAUGUAACAAAAAACAAACUGUUAAAUACCUGUUAGAGUUUAAUUUAUUUAGUGCGAUUAUUUAUUGCUGGUGACUGUGUGAGUGUUUGUGUGUCGGAUUAUUGUUAUGAUGUGUAUUGUGUGCGGAUGCUGAGCAUUCAACCUUUUGAUGAUCUGUAGGUUUGGUUUUAUUUAUUGCACUGCUGUUGUCUUAGG